AUGUCUGGGCAUACACCAAUCCGCCUCACUGAAGUAGCACCGAAUAGCGGUAUAGUGUAUUUCCAAAUGCUAUGCUCAGACUUCACCAAAGCCAAUGGAUGCGAUUUGAUGAUGACCAAUGCACCCGGAUGGCUCAAAGACGCCGUAUUCAGGAAUCAACGACCG